UCGUUUGUAGGAUAAAUUCGUUGCGAUUUGCUUGCUUCUCCCAGAAUUUCAGUCAAGUUAUCUUUAAAAUCUUGAUAAAACGCGCGAGAUAUUUAAAACCUUCGUUCGAAAAAGUAAUCGUGUCUGUCUGUCAAACUGUCUGUCUGGAGAACAUACGUACUACGAGCAAAUUAUUUUUACCGAAUAAUGUGACUGACGUGAUUAAAUAUGCCUGUCUGAGGAGAACUAUUUCAAAUCCGUCCGUGACAAUUUUUGCUGCGCGCUCUCGCAAUGGUGCACUUCUCUCGCGCACGGCCCUGGAUGAGUGCUGUCCCCUCUACCUAACAACACGAACUAUCGCUCGCCAUAUCGUCGGGAGUGUUGGCUGAUGAAUACAGUGUGAUUUAUCGUGAAUAGCACGAAAUCGAGCUUGCUAAGGUGCAGUUUCGUGGACCGGACGCCUAUCGAACGAGAGUCCAACUCGCCCGAGACGUGGUAUUCAUUGUACACGAUCAAACAACGAUUGAUAAUAUGGAAGUUAUAUUGCAAGAAGAUGGAACGACAGAACAAAUAGAAUGCAUUACAAUACAAAGUGUAGCUGCUGAUAAAAAUAGACCAGCGAAGGAGUCAGAAGAGACAAGCGUAGAUACUAAGGUGAAACAAAAGAUAUGCAAAGAGGACUUGUCCACUACCACCAAGUCGAAGAAGUCCGACACUAAAAUGAAAGUUAAGAAGACUCGCAGUGUACGUCAGCCGAGUUACGAUUCCACCAGUCUAGAGGACAGUCCGGUCCAGGUGAUGGAGCGUUUCAAGAGAGGUUGCGAGUGUAUCGACGACCAAUGCUUUAAGGAUCUGAAUCCCGAGGUGGUUUAUCGGCACAGAUUGAACAUUGCAGAACUGACCAAAGCCGAGCACGACAUGUAUUUAAUGGGUGUCACGAUGGCGUGUUUGACAGACCCUUAUCAGACUGCCCGGCACACGGAGCGACGUAGGUUACGUGCCCAGUACGUUUACCAGGGUCGCCGAGUGUGCCUGGACGCGUUUCUGUACCUGGAAAACUGCACGCAUUAUCAGAUCAAGCGCAUUAGGAAACACUUAAUGACACACGGUGUGACGCCGCGUGUGCAUGGCAAUUACGGCAAAGUUCCGCACAAUACGUUUUCGUUGGACAUAUACAAGAUCGCCACGGAGUUCUUGAAGAGCUUUAUCGAGGGGCAAGAGGCCAAGCAGAAAACCAAGCUGUCGAAGAACGCGCCGUUACAUCUGCCGUCGGACAUCACCCGAAAAACCGUACACGACCUGUACACGCAGUACUGUAAAAUAGUAUCGCCCGAUGUGAAGAGUAUGGGAUACUCGACAUUCCGGCGAUUUAUGAAGGUGCAGUUCCCGCAGGUGAAGUUUGCCAAGUUAGAAUUUGUGGUGAGAAACCAGACUGCACAGAGUCACUCGCAGACGGAAUCCGAGACGACGACGACGACGACGACGUCAACGUCGGCGCAAAAUGACGAUCAACAGCAAUCGCCUAAGGCGGAUUUAAUUACUUCGGAAAGUAGUGGCGCGAUAUUGCCGUUAGUAUUAACCAACGACGGGCAAAACGACACAUAUUUCUUGACACCUAUUAGAAAGUUACGAGACGGUGUUAGUUAUCAAGUCACCACGGGUGGAUUAGUGCUCAACAGAACUAUUGCAGUGUCGAAAACGAACACUGUGUAAGUCCGAAAGGGCUGCACAUGAAGAUAAUUUCAUACGAUAACACUUGUAUGCAUGUGAAUGUGAUAUAUGUUUAUGUUAAGAUUUUAAUUUGUAGUGGCGAUACCUAUUCUGAGCCUAAACCAAGAUAUUAAUUUGAAAAAACAAGCAACUCACAUUAAGACUCUUGAGUGAAGAACUGAAUUUAAAAUUGAACGAAUAUCUUAUAAAUGUAUAAGAAAAACAAGUAGUACGAAAUUAUCAUAGGAUCUUAUACAAGUUACAUGCUCUACACCUUUAUUACGUCGUCCUUGUGGAUGUAGGUCUUUUGUUGUUUUAUUCAAUUGAAUAAGUAUUGUAAGUUAUCUUGUUUUAAAAGUGUUUGUAGUUUAUAUAUAAUAUAUUAUGACAAUUAUAUAUGAAUAAAAAAGAGCACUUAGCCAAAUAAUCGUAGAUCUUC